AUGUCUCUGGCCGCUCAGUUCGCGCCCCACCUGGGCUACAACCCCAACAAUCCCCUCCUCAACAUGGAGAAGGAGGAGCAGAAUGCCAAGUUCACCGAGAUCAUCCAGCUUCUGCUGGCUGCCGGGUACUUCCGUGCGCGUAUCAACACCCUGUCGGAGUUUGAUCGUGUCAUCGGUGGCCUGGCUUGGGGCUUGGCAGUUAGCGCGUCGGAUGUCGAUGUCGACGUCAUCAACAUCUCCGAGAAGAUCACGCGUGCCCUGCAGCGCCUCAAGUGCCCGCACCCGCUGGAGCCGCAUCAGAUCCAGGGUCUGAAUUUCAUCUACAUCUUCCCGGUCAUUCAGUGGCUCGUGAAGCGGGUGAUCGCCGCGCGGGCGGAGCUCGGUGACUCGGCGCGCGCCCUGUCCACAUACACCUUCGACAAGCAUCUGACCCUGCCCGACACGCUGGAGUUCCCGCUGCGGCGCCUGUACCGGGCCCCGCCGAGCAAGCUGGGUGCCGAGCGCCCGGGCGCCCGGCGGCGUCCUGUUGCCGCCGGGGCCGAGAGCACGGUCCUGGACACGGCGGCCCUGCACCAGCAGGUGAACAUGACCCUGCUGGAGUUCGGGCACCGGCAGCUGAUGCUCUUCGGUGGCCUGGCCGGGCUGACCCCCGGGCAGGAUGCUCGUGGCACGCGGGCCGAUGUCUCUAAGGAGGAGGCCACCGCCGCCGAGCAGGAGCAGCGCCGCCGCGUGGAGGCGCUCAUGGAGCAGAUGCACCAGCUGGAUGGGGAUGCCCUGUCUGCCGGGACGGAUGCCGCACUCAUCAAGGACAUUCUGAUGUCCGGCGACGCGGCCAAGAUCAGUGCCCUGUCGGCGGACUACUCGCGCGCGCAUGAGGCCCUGGCCAUGGCCCUGGAGCAGCAGCUGUCCUCCAGCGGCGUGCAGGCCUUCCGCCGUGAGAAGGGGCACCUGGAGCGGCAGAUUGCCAAUGCCGAGGCACGGGCCGGCCAAACCGGCCAGGAGGCGGCCGCCGUGGCCGAAGUCUUCGAGGCCCAGGGAGCCCAGGCCACCCGGGCCCAGCGUUAUGGGGCGCGCUUGAUUCGCGAGACCAAGAAGCUGGACGGCCUUGUGACCGAAGAGAAUGCCCCGCUGCUGGCCCGGCUGGAGGAUCUCCUUUCGCAGGUGGAUGCCCUGGAGGGCAAUGAGGCUCGCCUGCGGGAGGACUGCAUCAAGCAGCUGAAUGACAUCAAGCAGGAGAACCUGGAGCUGGAGGCGGCCAUUAAUGACGCCGAGGCGCACGACGAGAUGGCUCUCGCGGUGGAGGAGCAACAUGCGGCCGAGUGGGCCAAGCUCCAGCGCGCGCGUCGCCAGCUGGCACGCAAGAAUCGCGCAAUCGCUCUGAUUCGACGCAAGCUGGAUGACAUCCCCUCGCGGCCCGAGCUGGCCCAGUACCAGGCCCGGUUCUUGGAGCUCCACGCGCAGGUGACCUCCAAGCUGACCGAGACCCGUCAGUACUACGCCCUUUUCAAUGCCCUGGAGGAGCAGCGCGUCCACCUGCAAAAUGAGCUGGAUCUGCUGAACAAUGUCCACUCGACUUUCGAGCGGGCUCGCCAGGCCAGCCGCUCGGUCCAGGAUUCCUGGCUGGAGAGUGUGCGCGAGAAGCUGGAGAUCGCCCAGAAGGUGGACGCCCGUGCUCGGGCCAACCUGGACGCCCUGCGAUCCAAGCGUGAUGUCCUGCACACCCGGUACAUGCAGCUGAUCGACCUGCAGCGCGAGUACGACUCGACGGUCAUCGCCUUCCAGGAGGCGUGCCGGCGCAACGAGGAGUUGCAGCAGGCUGCUUCGUGA